AUGAGCAGACAGGCGCCUACAGUGAGAUCUGUCCUGGGACGAAGAGGCUUCAGCUCAGCUUCCGAGAUCUGCGCUCGAAGCUACGCGGCCUCGGCUUGCCAACCCGCUCGAUGCGGAGCUGGCGCCUACAGCAGCAGGAGCGUCUGCAACCUGGGUGGAAACAGAAGGAUCUCCUACGUGAACGGGGUCUGCGGGACCGGGUGCUACGGAGAUUUUGGCUACGGAGGCUUCGGGAACGUUGGAGGUAGGGUUGGCCUCUGUGGUCCUAGGGGGUUUAGCAUCGUGCGAGGCUACCCCGAUCGCAAGGCUGAAGGUAUCCAGGGCAUCUGCAUUGACGAAAGGCUCCUAAAGCCCCUCUGUGUUGGGGUCGACCCACUGGAGCAUGAGAUACGCUGCCAGGAGAAGGAACAGAUAAAGACCCUCAACACCCAGUUCGCCUGCUUCAUUGACAAGGUCCGAUUCCUGGAGCAGCAGAACAAGGUGCUAGAGACCAAAUGGGGCCUCUUGCAGCAAUACGUCCUCCCGAAGAAAGGAAAAAACCUUGAACUCUACUUUGAGAACUACAUCUGUGACCUGCGGAAGCGCCUGGACUGCCUGCUGUGCGAGAAGCAGAAACUGGGCAGCGAAGAGUGUGCCACAAGCCAGCUGGUGGAGGAGUUCAAGUGCAAAUAUGAAGAGGAAAUCAACAGGCGCACAACUGUGGAGAAUGAGUUUGUGGCACUCAAAAAGGAUGCAGACUGCAUCUUCUUGAACAAAGAAGAGCUGGAGGUGAAGGUGGAUUUGUUAAGAAGGCAGUUGGAGUUGCUGAAAUGCGUGUUUGAGGAGGAACGAGCUCAGGUGGAUCGCCAGCUAUGCGACACUUCGGUCAUUGUGAAAAUGGACAACAACCGAGACCUGGACAUGGAAAGCAUCAUUAAGAACGUUGAAUGCUGGUACCAAGAGAUAGCUCAGAAGAGCAAAGAGGAGGUUGAUGCCUUCUACCAGACCAGGUUUCAGGAGCUUCAGGAUAAAAGGGGCAAGUAUUGUGAUGAUCUGCAGAGCAACAAGUGUGAGAUUUCAGAGCUCACCCGGAUGAUACAGAAGCUGCAGUGUGAACUUGAGAACGUGAAGAAGCAGGUCACCUGCCUGCAAACCUCCAUUUGCGAUGUUGAGCAGCGCGGGGAUUGUGCCCUGAAAGAUGCCCGGGAGAAGCACGUGGAGCUGCAGAACGCCCUCCAGAAGGCCAAGGACGAGCUGGCUUGCAUGCUGCGGGAUUACCAGGAGCUGCUGAAUGUUAAGCUGGCCCUGGACAUCGAGAUUGCGACCUACAAGACUUUACUGGAGGGCGAAGAGAGCAGGUGGGUCACAGAGACCUUGCUCUUUCUGCUCUGCAUGUCAGAGGCACAGGCCUGA